AUGCCAGCCUAUCGCUUCCUCACCACUGCGCUCUUCGCACUGUGUAGCAACCCAAUAGUCAUGGCCGCAUCUAAUAUGGUUCCGAACUAUGAAGUCAAACUAUUGAUGAACCCAACGGCAGUCCUUGGCACCGACAACAAACUCAAGCCAACAGUCCUCUCCACCUUCGCAAUGCCAACAAGCGUUACGAAAAUGAACGUUCAAUUUCUCGAUACAAAUGCGAAAGAUAUCUACAACGCCGGCUGGUCCCCACGAAUCAGAAAGAUGGAAGGCGGUAGUAAUUUUGAGUUAACGUACAAGAAAAGAUACACGGUGACGAAUGAUAAUAUCAAUGCUGCAUUGACGACGGCGAAUGGUGAAGGUUUUGACUCUACGACGACGACCUAUGAUGCGCAGAUUGAGUGGGGGUAUCAGAAGAAAACGCUUUCCAUCUCGCGCGACAAAACUGCAAGCGAUGCAGGGUAUAGCGGCACAGAUCUACCUGGUACCAGCGCAUCACGAUCAAUGCUCAUCUCUGAAGCGCCUGAUAAGUUCAACAACUGGCUUGGUAACAACUGGGGCACUGACAGUCUCUCUGUAUCUCGAAUUUUCGGCCCUGUGCUUGCUAAGAGGAGUAUUGGGACGUGGAGCGGACUCCAAUUCUACGUUGAGGUCUGGCCAAUCAAGAACGCCGCUGGUACAGGGACGGAGUAUAUUGUUGAAGCGAGUUUCAAGACGGAUAGCAGUGCAACAGCGAGUGCGAAGCAUGAUGAGCUGGUCACGUUCUUGACGGGCAAAGGAUGGUUUCUAGCGCAGGACUCUUUGAAGACCCAGCUCAUUAUGGAUAGAUACUAA